AUGAUGCUACUCCGAACCACAUUGCGGCCCAGGGUACUGCGGCUAGCAGCAUUUCGUCCCAUCCGGCUCAGUUCCACGACCCCAUUUAUUCACAUUCAAGAUGGAACCUUCUAUAAAAAAUACCCAACCGCCGACGACUCGUCCAAUCCACCUCUCUUCCCGAACCUGAACUUCUCUCUACCUUCCGAAACGGGCGCAGAUAAAGAGCAUUGGGCCAUUAUUGGCCCAUCAGAUCGAACCGACCUCCUUCAUAUCCUCCGUGGCCAACACAUAUGUCUUCCGCCCACUGCGCGUUCAUAUCCAUACCUUCUUACAGAUACGAUCGCCGCCAAGGACCCACGUUUACGCUCAGUGUCGAAUGCGAUUCAAUACAUUGGUUUCAGUGGUGAAGGGUCGGAGGCCAUUGGCGGAACCCGCGGCGCAUAUCUCAGUGCUCGAUAUGAGAGUCUCAGAGAGGAAACCGACUGGACUGUACUGCAGUACCUGCGUGGACAGACCUCUUUGAAUCCGAUGGAGGGUGAGGAGGCGGGCACGGUACACGAUGAAGAAUUCCUUGCUCGGAUCAUUGCCGACCUCAACAUGUCGAGCGUGCUUCACUUGCCAGUUGCGAAUCUGAGCAAUGGUCAAACCCGCCGAGCGCGCAUCGCAAAGGCACUGUUGGGACAGCCUGAGCUAUUACUCCUUGACGAACCCUUCAUGGGAUUGGAUCCGGCGACAGUGAAGAACAUUUCCGAGUUGCUUCAUGACCUAGCGAAAAGGUCCGCCCCGCGGCUUAUCCUAGCUCUGCGCCCCCAGGAUAAGGUGCCGGAUUGGAUCACACACAUGAUGAUUUUGGGAAAUUCGCAUCAAAUUUUCCUCCAAGGGCCAAGGUCGACGGUUUAUGAAAAGCUAGAUUCCUGGGCUAAUGUUUUGAGCAAGAAGGUCACUUCGAAGAAAUCAAAAGCAGCACAAGACAAAAUAUUCGAAGACGCUGGUAUCACGGAUAAAGACCUCAUUCGAGAUCUAGUGGCGCAUAGGCGUGACUUAAGAUUCCCAGAAUUCCAAGCGCCAUUAGGCGGAGAGCCAGUCAUCGAGAUGGAAGGAGUUCAUGUCCAGUAUGGCGACAAGCCAAUUCUUGGUAAUUGGGAGCAAAAGAUUAAUGGCGAAAAGAAGGAUGGGCUGCAUUGGCGAGUGCGCCGGGGGCAACGCUGGGCGAUCCUCGGUGCCAAUGGGUCAGGCAAGACGACUCUGCUAUCAAUGAUUACAUCCGAUCACCCACAGACGUAUGCGCAGCCCGUCAAGAUUUUCGGGCGAUCUAGGCUCCCAGAGAAUGGCAAACCAGGAAUCUCAAUCUUCGAGCUGCAAUCUCGAAUUGGACACUCGUCACCAGAGCUCCAUGCCUUUUUCCCGCGCCAAUUAACCAUCCGAGGAGCGCUUGAGUCCGCCUUUGCCGAGACUUUCCUCUCUAAGCCAAAGCUGACCGUAGAGCGAGAUGACUUCAUCACUUUAUUCCUGCAUCAUUUCAGAGCCGAGCUGGAUCCAAACUUUAUCACGGCUGGGGAAAUACCACAAGUGAGCACCGACCACUUCCCCAAUCUCAAAAAGACGGCCUGGAGCCGAGAGAAAUACACACCCGUGGAUCACUAUGUCGACUAUGCCGACGAAAUCCUCUUCGGUGAGCUGACCACCGCACAACAACGUAUUGUGCUUUUCCUCCGGACCCUCGUCAACAAGCCGGACAUUGUUAUCCUCGACGAAGCAUUCUCGGGUUUAUCCGCGUCGCAGCGUGACAAGUGCUUGUAUUUCUUGGAGCACGGCGAGAAACCUACACCUUAUACCAAUCUCGACAAAUUCAAGUUUAAUUUCACUGGUCUCACCGAAGACCAAGCUUUGAUCAUGAUCAGCCAUGUACCCGACGAAAUUCCCGAUAGUGUUCGUUACUACCUACGACUACCAUCUUCCCAAGGCGCUGGCGCUGAUGCUGAUGCCGAUUCGGUUGAUUUCCGAUUCGGCAUUCUUCGGGCCAAGACGGCUCUGAGAAACCCUUCGACCUGGGAUUUAGCCUGGUCUCCAUCAGCGGUAUUCGCCAAGGAAGCCCGUCGGACGUUCCGCCGCAACCAAAGUGAAUUGCCGGUCCAGGAUAUGUCUGAAUUCGAAUGGUGGACGAUAUAG